AUGCAAUAAGACAUGCAAAACACGGACAAUAUUGUUGAUGAAAUUUAAAAAUCCUACCAAAAUUAAAUAGAAGAAUCUUAUUUUUUUUGCUUAAGGAGAUAGAAAGUUAGAGAUCAAGAUAAAAGAGCUAUCUACUUAGGAGUUCCAGAUAAUUAAGUUUGUGAUAAUAGAAUUUAAACAUCAAAAUACAAUUAUAUUACAUUUAUACCUAAAAAUUUACUUGUAUAGUUUAGCAAACUUGCAAAUAUCUACUUUUUAAUUAUUGGAAUAUUUUAAAUACUUCCUUCAAUUACAACGACUGAGGGAAAGCCUAUUGUUUAUACACCUUUAACAAUUAUAGUUGUUAUUAGUAUGAUAAAGGAUUUUAUUGAGGAUAGAAAAAGGAGAAAAUAAGAUUAGUUUGAAAAUCAGUCUGAUACUAAGAAGCUCAAUGUAAAAACAGGCUAAUUUGAGAAAGUAAAAUGGUAAGAUCUAAGGAUAGGCGAUAUAAUAUAAGUAAAUUUAAAUGAGAGAUUUCCAGCAGAUAUUUUGGUGUUAUCUAGUACUAAUCAAUAUGGAAUUUGUUACAUAGAAACAAAAAACUUAGACGGUGAAGUCAAUUUAAAGCAAAGAUAGAGUUGUGCUCCUAAUUUAUUUCAAGAUGAAUAGUUUACAUAAAAUAUAAAUAAUAUUGGAAGAUUUUAAUUCAUAUAUGAAGACCCUAAUAUUCGUAUUCACAGUUUUAAUGGAAUAAUGAUUGACAAGCAGGAUACAGACAGUUAAUAAAAUCAGUAUCUUCUAUCUUUAUAAAACAUUUGCUUAAGAGGUUGUACUCUCAAGCGUACUAAAUCUCUAAUUGGGAUUGUUAUUUAUUCUGGACAUGAUUGCAAAUCUCUAAAAUAUGCAAAUAGAGGACAGUACAAGUUUGGCACAGUUGAAAAAUUAAUGAAUAAGAUGGUGCUUUAUGUAUUUAUUAUAUUGGUUUUAAUAAGUAUUUUCUGUGCAUCAUACUACACUAUUUGGUACAAAUAGAAAAAAGAUGAGCUUCCAUAUUUAGUUAUCGGAAAAAGUGAUAUAGAAUCUCACCUAGUCGUUAGCUUUUUUAUUAGAAUUCCAAUGUGGAUUUUAUUACUUAAUCCCUUUGUUCCUAUAUCUUUAAUGGUAACACUUGAAAUUGUAAAAUACCUUUAAGGCUAGUUGCUGAGUAAAGACAAAAAUUUUGUGAACAGCAUUAGUGAUGAAUUAGUAGAAGUAAAUGGUAGUAAUUUAAUAGAUUAGCUUGGACAAGUAAAGUACAUUCUAACUGACAAAACAGGGACUCUAACAGCUAAUAUUAUGAAAUUUAAGGCUCUAUCAUUAAACAGUGUUUGUUAUGAAUAUAAUUAUUAACAAGAUGAUCAUGGAAUUUUAAUGAGCUAGAAACUUAUUGAUCUUUUAAAAAAUGCUUAAGAGAAUUAAAUAGAGUACGAAGCACUUAUGUGUAUGAAUUUAUGCCAUGAGCUGUUAAUAGAAUAAUAAGAGGGAAAAAGAUUGUAUCUUGGAACAAGUCCUGAUGAAGAAUGCAUCAUGGACUUUUGUGUUUAAACAGGUAUUUAUUUAGAGAGCGUAGACGAGCAUAAAGUGAUGACUAUUUAUGAUUCUAUCAACGAUAAGAGGCUUUAAUUUAAGAUAAUAGCCUUGCAUGAAUAUCGUUCGGAUAUUAGAAAAAUGUCGAUUUUGGUUUAAAAUUUAUAGACAAAAUAAUAUAAAAUUUACUAGAAAGGAGCUAUGAACACAAUAUUUCAAUGCUGUAGAUAAGAUUAAAAAAAUAAAAUGAUAGCUGUUGAAGAGCAUUUAAAUAAUUUCGCUAGCAACAUGCUUAGGACUCUUUGUCUCUCAUAUAGAAACUUGAGUGAAAAUGAAAUCACAAAAUUCUUUGAUAAGAGGAGCAAAGAUCUAGAAGGUGGAAAUUUAAAUAUUCAAGAAAUGAAUGAUGGUCUGUUUGCAGAAAUCGAAAAUGAACAAAUUUUGAUAGGCGGUACCGGAGUUAAUGAUGAAUUUGCAGACUAAGUUGUUCAAACUCUUUCUAAUUUAAAGUAAGCUGGAAUUAAAAUUUGGAUGAUUACUGGAGAUAAAAGAGAAACAGCUUUGAGUAUUGGUAUCAAAUCAAAUAUAGUAGAGUAAGGUGUUGAAUUAAAAGUUAUUUAAGAUGCUACUGAAAGCAUCAUUAAUGAAUAAUUAGUAAUUAAUGAGCUUAAGAUGUUCGAAGAUUAAUUAAAGUAAUAAUAAAAGUUAAGCAUAGGUAUCUCUGGAUUAACUUUUUAUGGAAUUAAUAUAUCAACAAAUACUGAAAUAAAACAAACAUUUAGCUACAUAAUGAAGCAUGCUGAUUCAGUCAUAGCAUAUCAUUUCACUCCCAAUUAAAAAAAAUAACUUGUAGAUUUAGUUCAUAACAUAAGUCCAGGUCAAUGUGUAUUAGCAAUAGGAGAUGGAGCUAAUGAUAUUAAUAUGUUAUAGGUUGCUGAUGUCGGCAUAGGAAUACGUGGAAAAGAAGGUAGAGAGGCAGCAAAAGCUUCAGAUUUUUCAAUUGCAGAAUUUAAACAUUUAAACAGGCUAAUACUUUAUGUAGGAUAAGAGGCUUAUAGAAAAAACAGUCAUCUAAUUUUAUUCAAUUUUUAUAAAAAUCAAGCUUGGAUACUUGUUUAUUUUUGGAUCAAUUUUUAUUCUGGUUAAAGUGGUUAGUAUGUUUACGAUUAAUGGAUUUCUCAAUUUUUCAAUUUAUUCUACUCAUCUCUUCCUAUCAUAAUUUAUGCUUUGUUUGAUGAAAUCCACCCUUCAAAUUAAUUCUUUAAAGCUAUACAAACUGAUAAAAAUAUUUUAGAAUCAAGACCUCAAGAUUACAAAAAAUUUACCAACAAUCUCAUAUUUUAACAAAAAAAUUUUUGGAAAUGGUUUUUCUAUGGUUCUUUCCAUGCACUGAUAAUAACUUUUAUCUCAUUUUUCAGUGUUGGGGAUAAUUCUGAUUAACAUGGAAGAUAAACGGAUAUAUUUUAUUAAGGAAUGCUUGCAUUUACUUGUUGUGUUAUAGUUACAAAUUUAAAGGUGUAAUAAUUGCACUAAACUCACUGUUUUUUGAACAUAUUUUUUAUAUAUGCGAGUAUUGCUUUUUAUCUAUUAAACCUAUUUAUUGCUAGUAAGAUAAUUAAAAUAGAAAUAUACGAAGUUUAUUCACGCUUAUUCUGCUAACCAAAUACUUACCUUGCUAUAGCUUUAUCAAUAAUGACUGCAUAUGGGGCUGAUUCUGCAUAUUAAGUUUUUAAAUAACUUAAUAUCCCAGAAAAAGCUUAAAUUUAGGAGCCAUUAAAAAGCAAGUAAAGUAUUAGAUUUAGUUAAGAAGAAAAAGUGGUAUGCUAGGAAAUAGAUAUUGAAGAUAUGAUAAAAAACUAUCCAGAAAAUCGCUAUAGUAGUGGCUUGCAUGAAAAGCUUAUUUCAAAAUAACAACAACAAUUAAAAGAUUUAAGAAUAAGUAAUUAAUCUAGUGCUAGUAUAAAUAAGGCUUAUGAAGAGCCAUAUGAAAACGAUAUUGGUUUUUAAAAUUUAUUAUAAAAUUAAAAUUCAUAUGCUUAAUCAUCAAUCAGAUAUUCGAAUAUCCCAUCCAUUAAGAUAUAAAGAGUGGAUACAUUAUGA